CCGGCGGGAGCUCUGACACUUCCACCACAGAAGAAGACAAGAAUAAUAUCAGCAGCGGCGGCAGCAAAUACAUCGACAUUUGUUUCUCCUGCUGGUAUUUUACUCGGACCCAGAACAAAGAUGCUGCUUCGUACAGUGAGCCAGUCCUGCGGGUCCGUCCUCCGGAUCCCUCUGUCCGGAGCCCCCCGGCAGGCCGGGCUGCUGGUCUCCGUCUCCCACCCUCGUCUCUACGCCAGCGAAGCCGCGCAGGCCGUGUUGGAGAAGCCUGCAGCCGUCAGCAGUGAUGCCGUCCCCAAAGUGGAAAAGCAGACAGUUGCUGCGGAAUCCAAAUCGUUUGCCGUCAACAUGUUCAAGGGACAGAUCGCAACGCCUCAAGUGUUUCCCUUUCCUAAAGCCCUCAGCGAGGAGCAGGAGCAGUUCCUGAAAGAGCUUGUGGGGCCAGUCUGCAAAUUCUUUGAGGAGGUAAAUGAUCCUGCUAAGAAUGAUGCGUUGGAGAAGGUGGAGGACGACACCAUGCAGGGCCUGAAGGAGAUGGGGGCGUUUGGCCUGCAGGUGCCGGCUGAUCUGGGCGGCCUCGGCCUCUCCAACACCCAGUACGCCCGGCUGGUUGAGAUCGUUGGCAGUCAUGAUUUGGGUGUCGGCAUCACGCUGGGGGCUCACCAGUCAAUCGGCUUUAAGGGAAUUUUGCUUUUUGGAAACAAAGCACAGAAGGAGAAGUACUUACCAAAGCUUGCCUCAGGUGAAACCAUAGCAGCCUUCUGCCUGACUGAGCCGGCCAGCGGCUCCGAUGCCGCUUCCAUCAAGACCACGGCCAUUCUCUCACCCUGCGGGAAACACUUCAUUAUGAAUGGAAGCAAGAUCUGGAUCAGCAACGGAGGUUUGGCUGAGAUCUUCACAGUGUUUGCAAAGACACCUGUGAAGGACCCAAAGACCGGGGAGAUGAAAGACAAGAUCAGCGCUUUCAUCGUGGAGAGGAGCUUUGGAGGAGUGACAAAUGGCCCUCCAGAGAAGAAAAUGGGCAUCAAAGCCUCCAACACAGCUGAGGUGUACUUUGACAACGUGAAGGUGCCGCUGGACUGUGUGCUGGGCGAGGUGGGCGGAGGCUUCAAGGUGGCCAUGAACAUCCUGAACAACGGCCGCUUCGGCAUGGCGGCCGCCCUCUCUGGCACCAUGAAAGGUGUCAUCGCACAAGCUGUGGAUCAUGCAGCCAACAGAACCCAGUUCGGAAACAAGAUCCACACGUACGGAGCCAUUCAGGAGAAGGUGGCCCGCAUGACCAUGCUGCAGUACGUCACCGAGUCCAUGGCGUACAUGAUCAGCGGGAACAUGGACAGCGGCGCCAAAGAGUUCCAGAUAGAAGCAGCCAUCAGCAAGAUCUUUGCUUCUGAAGCGGCGUGGACGGUGACUGAUGAAAGUAUCCAGAUAAUGGGGGGCAUGGGUUUCAUGAAGGACUGUGGAGUGGAGCGAGUGAUGAGGGAUCUGAGGAUUUUCAGGAUCUUUGAGGGCACCAACGACAUCCUGAGGCUCUUCGUAGCUCUUAACGGCUUCCAGAAUGCUGGUAACCACCUGAAGAGCCUGCAGAAGGCCAUGAAGAAUCCCCUCGGCAACGCCGGGAUGCUGGCAGGAGAGAUCACAAAGAGAGCAAAGAGAAAGGCAGGUUUGAGCACAGGCCUGACGCUGCAGGGAAAUAUCCAUCCUGAGCUGGCGCGCAGCGGUGACCUGACGGUUAAAGCCAUCGAGCAGUUCGGAGCCGUCACCGAGGAGCUGCUGGUCAAACACGGCAAGAAGAUCAUCGAUGAACAGUUUAUCCUGAAGAGAGUGGCAGACAGCGCCAUCGACCUGUACGCCAUGGUGGUCGUCCUGUCCAGGGCUUCCCGCUCUCUGAGUCAGGGCCACGCUUCAGCUCAGCACGAGAAGAUGCUGUGUGAGACCUGGUGUAUGGAGGCCCAUGAGAGGGUGAUGCAGGACGUGAAGAUCCUGCGCUCGGGCCAGUCCAAGCAGCUCUUCAACAACAUGCGGGCCAUCUCUGCCGCCGUGGUGGAAAACGGAGGCAUCGUCUCUCCUCACCCCCUCGGGUUCUAGACCCACACGCCGCCGUCCCGAUCUGGUUCAUACUUAGUUUUUUUUCUCUUCUUUUAGUUUUUUUUUAACUCUUCUGGAUCUCUAACCAGGUUCUGGGUCACGUUUGCCAAGUCCAGCCAAACUUAACCACUCUCACAUUGGUGCCCUUUUAUUCACUAGGUGUGAAUAGGCUAUUUUUUUUUAAAUUUAUUUAUAUUUUUGGUGAUAGCGGAGGUGCAACGCAGGGCUGAAAAUAUAACACAGUUUGUGCCUCUUUGUUCCAUCUCAACAUCGGUUUUUUGGUAACUUUUAUGUUUUUCUGUCAUUUAUUUAUUUAACUUUUUACUCCAAGCCUGUAAGGUUUUAGCCAGAUUUUUGAACCUUCAGGAAGUAAAAUGGUUUAGAGGAAUUCGGUACGGAGAAAACGACACGCGUUCAGUCCUGCUACCGGCUUCUGAUACAGUUAAAGACUGAAUGUAAACGUGUAAAUGGGCCGGUUGCUCUGUUCUCAGACUUUAUAGCAGCAGAUUUUUAUCUUUUUGUAUUUGCUUUAACAUGAAAACAACAUAAUCAAUGCAACUUAAAGAAAGGAAACCAGGUAGCUGUUGAAGAGCAGACGCAGUCGGUGUCGAAGGUGUUUCGAAAGUCAGAUUUAUAACUUUUUUUUUCUUUUUCUUUUCCUUUUUUAUCUACUCUUGCCUACAUGUGCUCAUACGUGCCUGUUUGAGCUCAGAGAAACAAAUAUAAACACAAACUUUUGCCUUACAAGCUGCUCCGGAUGCAGCUUGAAGCUCCUGCUUUGUUUUGACUUCAGUCAAAAGGAAAAGUGAAAAUGAUUUUCACGUGAAUUUAUCAGGAGAGAAUGUUUCUUCUGAUGAUGAUUACAGACAUGAUUAAAUGUAUUUGUAGAAAGUGUAUCUUAUUUCUAAGAUGCAGUAGCACUUAUAUCUCUUAUUGAAGCAUUAUUUGGGACAUUGCGUUCUUUAAGACGAGGGACAUCAUCUGCACAGAAAGGAUUAACCUAAUAGCAGUUGUAUUAGUCCAGCAAAAUGCUGUAAAAUUGCUAUUAAGACAUCUAAUUGCGUGAGUUUGGUGUGGUUACAUUAAAGCACCUGUAUAUAUGCCUCAGAAAACACUUAGCGGAUAUCAGUGUAAGAUGAAUUUGAACUGCAGUCAUUGUAUCAAUAAAAUACCUCUGGCUUGACGAA